AUGGUGCAGCUGCCUGAUUUCCACCUUUCUGAUAACAUGCAACCCGUGCUUUUUGCUGCGGCUUCUCUUGGAGUGGUAGGAUCAAUCGCUCUGACGUACCUGAUCAAGUCAGAGAGUGCACGACCUCUUCCACCUUCUCCACCCACGCGGAGACUUUCGGGGCACUUCCUACCCCCACGCAACCCGUGUCUCACCAUAGGGGAAUGGAUUGAACAGUACGGUCCUCUGAUCACCAUCCGCUCAGGAGUCGAGAAAAUCGUUAUAAUCGGUCGUCACCAAGCUGCGGUGGAAAUCAUGGAGAAGCAGGGCGGAUUGCUAGCCGAUCGUCCUCGCAUGGUUGCAGCUGGAGAACUCCUCAGUGGCGGACUGUUCGUCGCGUUUACACACACCGGAGACAGGCAUCGUCGGAUGCGUAGAGUACUUCAUACGCAUCUCCAACCGAAAGCAGCGGAGGGGUAUCGCCCCCUGCAGGAAUCACACGCAAAGACGAUGGUGCUCGAUAUUCUCGGUGAUUCGUUUAACUUGCAGAAGCAUGCGUCGAACUAUGCUGCAAGAACGAUUGUCAAAAUGACAUAUGGGGAAACUACGCCCGCGUCUACGAUUGAUAUCGAAGUGAAAGAGAUUCGCCAGUUCAUAGAAACAUUUCGCCUAGCCCUGAUUCCUGGAAAUUACUUGGUGGACUCGUUCCCAUGGCUCAAAUACCUUCCUGGCUAUGGCCGAAACUUAAAACGGGAGUUUGAGAAGACCAAGAAACUCUACACCAUUCAGCUGGACCGAGUUAAACAGCGAAUAAAGAACAAUGUGGAAGUCGGGCCUUCGUUCGUAAAAUACAUGCUAGAAAAUGGCCAUCUCUAUGGUUUGUCAGAGAUCGAGAUGACAUUUCUUGCUGGCGCCUUCUUUGGAGCAGGGUCCGAUACGAUUGCUGCGGCGAUGUGUACGGUACUAAUGGCAGCCGCAUGUUUCCCUGAGGAGCAAGCCAAAGUCCAAGCCGAGCUUGAUGCAGUGAUCGGAAGGCAGCGGGCGCCGACCUUCGCCGACCAAGAAUCACUUCCCCUUCUUCAGGCCUUCAUAUCCGAGGCCUUGAGAUGGAGACCGUUGGCUGCUAGUGGAUUUGCUCACCGAACGACUCAAGAUGAAAACUAUUGCAUUCCCGCCGGGACUACGGUAUACGGCAACCAUUGGGCUAUCUCUCGAGACCCAGAAGUCUACCCAGACCCUCAUGCGUUCAAGCCUGAGCGCUGGAUUAACGACCAAGGUCGCUUCACAGAUAACCUCUCAUUCUUUGUCUAUGGCUUUGGUCGGCGUGUGUGCCCCGCUCAACAUGUUGCGAACAGAGCGAUAUUCAUAACCUCACUCCUUAAUCUUUGGGCUUUCCAGCUGACUGUGGAUCGUACGAAGCCGCUGGAUGACUUUGGUUACUUAGAUGGCGUGAUGCCAUAUGACCGGCCGUGUGCUAUUGACUUCAAGACCAGGAUUCCGGAAGACGAGCUCAGGCUUAUGAUGCAGAAUUAUACGGAGGUCGCAUGA